AUGUCUAAAACAUUCUCCAUGCGAAGGCUUGAGGUUGUGAGUGGAACUCCAGCAGCGGCUGACUUCAGAGAACGAUGGCCUGCAUUGUUUUGUGAAGAUGGGAUAAAAGAGGAAUUCCGCAGAAUUACCACAAUUUCCCUGGAGCAGAGCUUCAUCUACAGACUUGACGCCUACACACCCAAGCUUCUAACCCUGAUGAAGGCUAAGGGGGGUGUAGUGGGGACCAAACUGAGGCCUUUCCUGUUUAAACUGAGUCAGAACCAAAGCAUUGAGAUGAGACGGGAAACUGUUAUCCGCAGCCUCAUUCUGUACCUCGGCAAGGAGGGAGAGCAUCUUUUUGAAGAUUGUCAGGAGGACCACCGCAGUGAUGCUACUGAACACGUCCUGAAGAUCUUGGUCGCCCAUGGUGCUUCUGAAGAGGAUCCAGUUGAUGUGUCCAUCAUCCUUGAAGGCACGGAAGUGUUGCAUGGAUGUGGAAACGUCGCUAAAGCCUGCACAUUAUUGAUGGGACUGAUCUAUGCCCUCAACCUUGCAUACCCCCAAACACUGCAUUACACUUUUGAGGUGUUUCAGAAACUUUUCCUGGAACUGGAUGGGAUGAAGCUGUCCCCAAAAGUACAAGCCUUAAAGUCAAAAUUGCUCUCUUAAACACACACACCAUCACCCCUCCCCCCUCCCCUCCCCUCCACACACACACGCACGCAUUCAAGUACACACUCACACAUGCUCUCUAUCUUGCUUGCUCGCUCUCUCACUCACUCAACAUACACAGGUAAUACAUAAACACACACACACACACACUAUUGCACAUUGAGUAGAGUUCAAACUUUGACCUGACCAACCAGUUGUUGGAAGUUGUUUCAGUUUCCCAUUUAUUUGUGUUAUGUUGUGAUUGCACUGUUGUAAAGCACCAAUCUUUACUUCAGAUUUGAGGAUUUGUCUGUUAAGAGCAAGAAAAUAUUGACACAACGAAUAUUGGGUAGGAGUGGCAUAUAUGUUAAUUUUACUGAUUGUUAAAAAAAAUUUGUUUGGGUUAUGUCUAUCAUCUAGCUCUGGCAGGUUAACAAGCCUUAAAGUCAGAAUUGCUC